AUGGCGUCCUCGAGCGCCACCUUGCGGCUGACGUUUGUGCUGCUGCUCCUGAUGCUUAUCGUGGAUUUUCGGGCUGAGGUUGCCAAAGUGGUGGAAAAGGUGGAGGUGGAAGUAGCCAUCAUUCCGGUGGCCACAGCCACAGUAGCCAUGGCCACAGCCAUGGAAGCCAUGGUAAACAUAGCCACGGAAGCCAUCAUCAUUCUGGUGAACAUGGCAGCCACCGUCAUUCUGGCAAACACAGUCACAGCAGCCAUCAUUCUGGCAAACACAGUCAUAGCAGCCACAGGUCAUCAUCUGAAGAGGGUGGACGAGCUCAACAGUGGUGCUCGCAACCUUACCAUUUACAAUGACACAAACAAGACGUCUGCUGAUGUGUUUUUUUCUUUCACAUCUGCAGGAGGCUACAAAGGCUGUUACGUGGACCAAAGAAACCGAGUGUUCCCACAUGCACAAACGUCUUCCAACAGCAUGACAACAGCUGUUUGCGUGGCCCACUGCCGGAAGAAUGGGUACGCCUACGCAGGAACACAGUACGCAAGUCAGUGCUUCUGUGGGACGGCGGCGGAGUUUGCCAGGCUGCGGUCUUCAGGGGGCUGCAACAAACGGUGCAAAGGGAACAGUAAAGAGAUCUGCGGAGGAACAUGGCGGAUGUCGGUUUACGUGAUUUCGGGCGGCGGUGGUGGUGGAGGAGGUGGAGGAGGCAGAACACACUACCGAGUCUACAAUGAAGCCAAGACGUACACCGAGGCCCAGAAGCGGUGUGAACAGAAUGGAGGUAGCCUGGCCGACCUGAAAACAGCUGAAAUCGCCGCCCUGGUCGGCAGGAUGGUGGACAGUAGCAAGAACUACUGGAUCGGGCUGAAUGACCUCUAUCACGAAGGACGCUGGCAUUGGUCUGACGGCGUGCCACUGGACAGCUGCAGCUACAGGAACUGGUAUCCUGGAGAACCCAACAACCUCGGGAACGAGGACUGUGCGCAUCUGUGGGCAGGCAGGGGCGGCAAGUGGAACGACCUGGCCUGCAGCUCAAAACAGUACUUCAUCUGUCAAACAGGAGAUAGGGUGACUACUGGAUGUACAGGUUCUCCAGUUUCGAAGCCGGAGUACAAGGGCUGUUACCGGGACGCGCCUACUCGCAGGUUCCCGAAUGCUUACGAAUCAAGCUCCCAGCAGUCCACAGCGAGAUGUGUGAGCCAUUGUAAGAGCAGGGGGUUCAGCUAUGCAGGCACACAGUACUCGCACCAGUGUUUCUGUGGGACCGAUCAAAACUUCCAGAACAUCGUAAGGUUCAAAGUGCCAGACUCGUACUGCAACAAGGUCUGCCGGGGGAACCCUAGCGAGAAGUGCGGAGGAACAUGGCUGUUGUCUGUGUACAAAAUAGCCGGUGGGCCUAAAGGACCAGGUCCUGUCAACUCCCUAUGCCUGGGCCAGCUGACCUGCCCAAAAGUGGGCAUGUGCCAGGCGUGGGGCGAUCCUCACUACAUCACGUUCGACAACCGCCGCCACGACUUCCAGGGAACGUGUAAGUACGUCCUGGUGCGUCACGCCGACUUCACGGUGGCAGUUCGUAACGUCCACCGUCCCGGCAAGAGCCAGCGGGUGGCCUUCUGCGACCACGUGGAGGUGACUGUGUACGGGUUCAAGAUUGAAAUCCGCAGCGGCAGCGGUAGAGAGGUCCUGGUGAACGGACGCCGGCGGAACCUCCCAGCCUGCCUGAACCGGAAGGUCGCCAUCUCCAUCAGCGGGCUGAACGUGCAGGUCCAGACCGACCACUGCUUCACACUGACGUACGACGGGAACCACCGGGUGCAGAUCACCGUUCCGGAGUCGUACAAGGGAAAGCUGAGCGGAAUGUGCGGAAACUACAACGGCCGACCGAACGACGACAACCUCAUGCCGACAGGACAGGUCGCCUCCACUUCCCUUCUGUUCGGCAACAGCUGGAUCGCUCCGGAUGACAGAACCUGCCCUGACACGCGGCCGCAGGACAAUUUUGGACCCGGUGACAUCAGUUCGGGUGACCGGGGAACGUACCUGCAUCCCACCAAGUGUGGACUCCUCAAAGCCUCGAACGGACCGUUCCGCAGCUGCAAUGCCCUCCUGCCUCCUACUGAGUACGUGGAUACGUGUGUGUUUGAUCUGGCUGCGUUCCGGGGAGAACAGGUGGUCCUGUGUCAGAACCUGCAGGCGUACGCAGACGCGUGCGUGUCGGCAGGGGGGAAACCGCAACCGUGGAGAAGGCCUGGCUUCUGUGCGGUCCCGUGCCCUGCUAACAGCCGCUACUCGGCCUGCGCCUCUCCCUGUCCCCGCACGUGCGCGGAUCCCGGCCCGAGGCCCUGCACCAAGAACUGCGUGGAGUCCUGCGUCUGUGAUACCGGCUACGUCCUCAGUGGCGCAAGAUGCGUGCCGUUGAGCAGCUGCGGAUGCGUGAAGGACGGGAACCUGUAUGAGAAAAAUGAAGUCUGGACAUCAGGAAACGAGAGAUGUACUUGUCUGCCGAACAAAAAUAUCAAGUGUGAGAGGGUGACAGAACCGCCUCCUGUCAACCCCGUGUGUCUGGGUAACCUCAGAUGUCCUGGCAGACCGGGUCAGUGCAAGGCGUGGGGCGAUCCUCACUACAUCACGUUCGACAACCGCCGCCACGACUUCCAGGGAACGUGUAAGUACGUCCUUGUGCGUCACGCCGACUUCACGGUGGCAGUCCGUAACGUCCACCGUCCCGGCAAGAGCCAGCGGGUGUCCUUCUGCGACCACGUGGAGGUGAACGUCCACAACUACGAGAUACAGAUCCGCAGCGGCACGGGCAAGGAAGUACUGGUGAACGGGUACCGCCGCAGCCUGCCGGCGUGCCUGGGCCGGAAGGUCGCCAUCUCCGUGAGCGGGAAACACGUGCUGAUCCAGACGGACCAGUGUCUGUCCGUCCUGUACGACGGGAGGCACAGCGUCAUCGUCAGGCUUCCUACGGCGUACAAGAGCAAGGUUAGCGGAAUGUGCGGAAACUAUAACGGCCGACCGAACGACGACAACCUCAUGCCGACAGGACAGGUCGCCUCCACUUCCCUUCUGUUCGGCAACAGCUGGAUCGCCCCUGAUGAUGAGACGUGCCCCGAUACAAGACCUCAAGACAACUUUGACUCCAACGACAUCACCGCGGGAGACAGAAAGCUGUACGGGCGGCCUGAUAAGUGCGGCCUUCUCCAGCAACGAAAUGGACCAUUCGGGGCCUGUUCCUCAGUGCUGAACCCGUCGACGUAUUUCGAGUCCUGCGUGUUCGACAUGGCGGCUUACCGCGGGGAUGAGGACAUGUUAUGUGAGAAUCUGGAGGCCUACAGCGACGACUGCACGGCGGCGGGGGGGAAGCCCGGGAGGUGGAGGACUGCAAACCGAUGCCCGAUGCCGUGCCCUGAACACAGCAGCUACAACCCGUGCGGCUCUGCCUGCCCACUGACAUGUGCCGAGCCCAACCCGCGGCCCUGCGUCAGGAUAUGUGUUGAGUCGUGCGUGUGUGACCAGGGCUACGUCCUCAGCGGGUCCGUCUGUGUACCGAGGAGCAGCUGUGGGUGCUCCAGCAACGGGAACUAUUACCAGAAAAAUGAAGUGUGGAGAACUGGGAACAAAAUCUGUAAGUGUACCAACAGCAGGAUUACCUGUGAGGCCGAACCAAGUUCGAGUUGGGACACGUGUCCAGGGUCCCUUUCUUUCGUCACCAUCGGCUGGAGCGGCGUGUGGGGCGUGAACUCCCGCGGCGUUGUGUUCUACCGGGUCGGCACGGCGGGGAAGGAGGGCCACUUCGGGAGGGAGUGGAAGCAGAUAGACGGGAACCUCGCCCAGAUCAGUUCCGGCAAGGGCAUCGUCUGGGGGGUCAACUCAAGAGGCAAAAUCUAUGUGCGAAUCGGCAUCACGGAAAAGGUAUCGCACGGAAAGGACUGGAGGCUGGUGACAGGGCAGCCGCUGAGGUCGGUGUGCGUCAGUUCCUCCAGUAACUUCGUCUGGGGCGUCAGCACGACGGGCACCGUCUGGAGGAGGACGGGGAUAACAACCGGCAACCUCAUUGGAAUAACGGCCCAGAGGCCGCAGGGAACAGCCUGGCGAUUGGUCGGAGGAAGCCUCACCCAGAUCUACGUCAGUUCGUCGUCCAAUCGCGUGUGGGGAUGCGGACUGAGUCAUCACAUCUACCUCCGUGUGGGAAUCACGUGGAGCUCCGGUCCCGUGGACGUCCCCGAGCCCACCUGUCACUCCAAGGCGGACAUCCAUGUGCUAGUGGACGGGUCCAAGAGCGUGCAGCAGCGCAACUUCCCGUCAGUACGGCAGUUCAUCCUGAAGCUGGCGGCAGGGUUCGAGAUCGGACCCGGCAAGGCCAGGAUCGGCGUCUACCAGUUCGCUAAGGACAUGCAGACCGAGUUUAAGAUGAACCAAUACAACAACAGAGCGGCUUUGUUGGGAGCUAUCAGGAAGAUUGAGUACAUGAAUAAACUGUGGACCAGGACUGGACAGUCUCUGAAGGCGGUCUACAAUGAGUUCACCAAGGCAAAUGGUGCUCGAGAUGAUGCUGAAAAGAUCAUCAUCUUAGUGACAGACGGGAAGGCCACCGAUCAAGUGAGAGAGCCUGCGCAAUACGUCAAGAACAAGGGUGCUCACGUGUUCACUGUGGGCGUGGCCAAGUACAAACUGAGCGAACUUCAGCUCAUCGCGUCUAAUAACGACUACGUGGCGACUGCUGAUGAUUUUGAGGACUUGGACCGGAUCAGAGACAAAGUGCUAGAAGUCGUCUGUAACGCGAAGACGUACUCCGAGGCCCAGAGGAAGUGUGAACAGAACGGCGGUAGCCUGGCCGACCUGAAAACAGCUGAAAUCUCCGCCGUGGUCGUCAAGACGGUGGACAGUAGCAAGAACUACUGGAUCGGGCUAAACGAUCUUGGGCACGAAGGACGCUGGCAUUGGUCUGACGGCGUGCCGCUGGACAGCUGUAGCUUCAAGAACUGGUAUCCUGGAGAACCCAACAACGUCGGGAACGAGGACUGUGCGCAUCUGUGGGCCGGCAGGGGCGGCAAGUGGAACGAUCUGGCCUGCAACUCAAAACAGUACUUCAUCUGUCAAACAGUUUCCCUGAAGCCUGAGUACAAGGACUGUUGA